UGGCCCAAUGUCUACCAGCAGGAGGCAUUAUCUGAACACUGUUGGGAAAUGUUCAUUCCUAGGGAAUGACAUUGUUUCCUUAUCUGGCUGAAUUUAGCCGGAGAAGGAAGGCUGUUGUUUCUAGGGAAGAAAGAGCUCCACCCUCGGCCACUGCCACGGCUGCGUUGCCAAUAACAAGAGCAAAGCAUUUUUCCUCUCUGUGUGCCUUCAACAUGGAUGUCUUUCAGGGCAUCUUAAAAUUCCUCCUUAACCAGAAAACUGUUAUUGGCUACAGCUUCAUGGCUCUGCUAACCGUGGGAAGCGAGCGCCUCUUUUCACUAGUGGCUUUCAAGUGCCCCUGCAGUGCUGAGAACAUGGUCUAUGGGUUGGUUUUUAUUUUUGCUCCUGCCUGGAUGUUACUGAUCCUUGGAUUCUUCCUGAACAACAGGUCAUGGAGACUCUUCACAGGCUGCUGUGUGAAUCCGAGGAAAAUCUUCCGUAGAGGCCGCAGCCGCCGCUUCUUCUAUGUCCUCGGCCAGAUCACUCUGAGCUCAUUGGUGGCCCCAGUGAUGUGGCUUUCUGUGGCUUUGCUCAGUGGAACCUUUUAUGAAUGUGCCAUGAGUGGGACAAAAAGUUCGAGACUCCUAGGACUCAUUUGCAAGGGUAAGCCUAAAGAAUGCUGGGAAGAACUUCAUAAAGUAUCUUGUGGCAAAACUAGCAUGCCAUCCGCAGACAAUGAAGAACUGAAACUGUCACUCCAAGCUCAGUCUCAGAUUCUAGGAUGGUGCCUGAUGUGCUCAGCAUCCUUCUUCUCUCUGCUCACCACGUGUUAUGCUCGCUGCCGAUCUAAAGUUAGCUACCUUCAGCUGAGUUUCUGGAAGAUAUAUGCACAAAAGGAGAAGGAACAGUUGGAGAAUACAUUUCUGGAGUAUGCCAACAAGCUGAGUGAGAGGAAUCUGAAGUGCUUUUUUGAAAACAAGAGGCCAGAUGCCUUUCCCAUGCCCAGUUUUGCUGCCUGGGAGGCUGCUUCAGAGCUGCAUUCUUUCCACCAAAGUCAGCAACACUACAGCACCCUCCACAAGGUGGUGAAUGAUGGCCUGGAACUUGGCCCUGCAGAUGAAGAGACAGCAAUGAGUACCACCUACAAUGUGUAGCUCACCUGCCGUCACUGAGUCACAGCAGAGUGGCACAUGCAUUCUGAGAGCCUCCUACUACAUCUACAGCAACCUGUGUACCUGCAUUUUCCCAUACUAGGAAAACACCUGGAUCAAGACUGGUCAAGAGACAAUAACACAAAAGGAAACUUCUUGAAAACUCUCAAGUGCAGACAACGUUGGGACGUGUGCAGACCAAUGCUGUGUGGUGAAAAAGGUGCUCUUGUGUUGGUGGAGGGCUGGGCUCAGUAAGCCCAAAUCCUGUUCCAAGAUUUUAUGAUUCAACAGAGAUGCUUAUGCAAAAGGGUCUCCCACCGUCUAUAAAUAUUGGUCAUCAGUAUCUGGGGGGUGGAAGCAGUGGCUUGUGAAUGAGCAAAGUACUCUGAAUAUAAACUGCUUCCCAGAAUGGCAUCUGUGGUGUGGCCAGGGAGAGUCCUUGAGCUAUAAACCUGUUCUACUGCCUUUCAAGGAUAUAUGAGACUCUUACCAUUUGAGAUGUAUCCUCUGGAAAUCUAAAGACCUGGUCCUCAAAAGUAAUUGAAAGAAUAUGAUGCUUGAAAUCAGAGAUGUUCAUGUUUUCAUACUGAAAGUACACUGUGCAAGGCAGGAACAUAUCAUGACUCUUGUGGGCUUUAGGCACUUUUGCCUUCACGGACCACUUUCUAUAUUCAAAACAGCACUUAUAUAUCUCUAUAUCUACCUAUUGAAAGAUAUAUGUGACUACAUUGAUAUAAAGACAAAUAUAUUAGCAUUAUAUAUUAAAGCUCUUUCUUCUACCUAGAA